AUGGGACGUGACCCAAUUCCACUCUAUGAUUGGCCUUCAGAAAGUAUUUUUCUACUUUGGGGGCUAGGGUUGCAACCCUUGGUCCGAUGGAUUUUGUUCUCACAAGCCCAUCAAGCAUAUGGCUCCAGCCGUUGUUCUAUGGGCCUAGUCAGUGGUAUCUUAGAUCCACCAUCACUGGUUGACGCAUGGUCCAACAAAGUUGACAGAGCCAUUGUCACUGCAUCCCAUGGGGUCAAUGAUGUUGCAUUAUCAGAAAGGCUAAAUCAAAUCCAUAUGGUACUAGCCCAGAACGAAAGUGACGACCUGGUGAGUGGUGAGUCUUGA